AUGUCGCANCCAAAAGCUUCAAGUAAGCGGGAUUCCUGGACUAGGGGAACAGAUAGAAGUACAGACUCUGCAUUCUCCAGUGACUACCGAAGCCACUCUACAGUUGGACCAAGUGACUCGGAUAGGGAAAGGGACACUCCUAGGGACUUGAGAGACCCUGCAAAGGUGAAUGAGCCCCUUGAGCCGGUUUUUGAGCCACGACCUAAUCCUGACUCAGACAAUGAGACAAUCGAUCCCAAGAAUAGGAGACGACGAGAGUCGGGCAGGAAACCGAAUUCCAAGACCCAAUCCUUGACAUCGGUUUGUUUGAUCAGCUCCCACCCUUUCUUCUCCUCCUUCAGAUCCUGCCUAGCAUCAUUUAAACGUCUGGUGGAUGCUUGUUCAGGACCUAACUCCAGGAGUAAAGACAGGUCUGGAAGGAAGGGUUCCGACCAAGUGUGGAGGGUUCUAACUGGAGCUGGAAGUGAAUCUGUUUCUAGUUUCCUUCUUCAUGAUAUACGGGAGAUAGAAACAUGGAUUCUAAGGUUGCUGUCCGCCCCUAUACCAAUAUCUGGAAGGACAAGGUUAGAGAUGGAGAUGAUUGAUAGAAGAUAUGGUCCUCUUCUCAUCUUUGCUCUUCCUGACCCUACCAGAUUUACUCUUUGUGAUUUUCCUCUUCAUUUACCCCUGGAGUUACUAGGCGUAGAAACCACCCUGCAGGCUUUAACUCUAAUAAUGCUUGAGUCUAAGAUCCUGGUUGAAUCUAGAGAUCUCAACGCCUUGUCUUUGUCAGUGCUUUCUCUUACACAUCUUCUCUAUCCUUUACAGUACAUGUUCCCUGUUAUACCGAUCUUGCCGACAUCUAUGAUUGGUGCUGAACAGCUUCUGCUUGCCCCAACUCCAUACAUCAUAGGCCUUCCGUCAUCCUUCCUGCCUUCAAAGAAAAAUUUUAGUGUUCCUGAUGACGUAUGGCGGGUAAACCUAGAUUCUGGGAAGAUUACUCCUCCUCCUUCUCAAACCUUGGAGGAUAUCCCUCCCCUACCAGAACCUGAAGGGAAAACCCUUAGAAGCCAUUUAAGACAGGCUUUAGCAAGUUUAUCCAUCCAACCAAUCAGCAAUUUGGAUCUCAUGCACCCAGAUAAGGUGGCGGCCAUCUUGCGAAACAGUCGUGAAUUAGAUCCUUCUCCCUCUGGGUAUAAUCCUUUUAUUUACGGGAAUGACGUGGAUUCUGUGGAUAUUGCCACUAGAGUUGCAAUGGUUCGGUUCUUUAAUUCUCCCAACGUAUUGGCAAACUUUACAGAGCAUACUCGCACGCUUCGUCUCUACCCCCGUCCAGUGGUUGCCUUGCAGGUUAAUUCUUUGAUAAACUCUCGACCGAAGAAUUCAACUUUUAUAACUAAACUUUCAUCAACCCAGGCUGUAGAAUUUUAUGCAGAGUGGGCCCUAAUGCCAUCAAAUCUUGCUUUUCAACGUAUUCAUACUGGAGUUCUGGAUCCAAUAGUUAUAGGGGACAAAUUCAAGUGGUAUGCGCACAACCUGGACCCAGUAAGCUAUAUUGUGUGGGAUAACCUCAGUUCGUUAAACCAAGCGUUGAAGUCACUGAAGGAGGUUGAUACACCUGCUACAGAUGAAAGUGGAAGUGACAGUGAGUGUGGCAGCACCAGCUCUAGUUUCUCCUCCUGCAGUGACGGAAUAGUGCAUCCCAACUCGAGUCUAGGUUUACACACGGAUAGAUCCAUCCAGGAGCAGAGUUAUCCAGGAUACCUGGAGAAAUCUGAGAGAACGUCAUCCCUAGUCAAUCAAUCAAUGAAUCAUCAGUCCGGACCUAUACUGCCAGUAGAGGAGACUUAUACAGUUCGUCGUCAGCCUCCCCAGCUGCAUGGAGAACAUCCGUCCUCGGAGUUUCAGAAUAGAGGAUGGGAGAGGUCGGAGAGAUCUUUCGGUUCACAGAAUGGAAUCCCGUUUGGAAGCAUGAAAGUUUCCCACCCUCGAUGUCCAGCUAGGUCAAUAUCCCCUCGUGGAAGAUUACGACCAAACGUUCUUGAACCGCAGGGUUGCAAAACCCUGCAGGCAACACGAUCUUGUCCAAUAGAGACGGAGCUAAAUCCAACCAGAGGAUCUCCUUUCUUCGGUCAACCCCUAGGUCCAACCCGAUCCUACCCAGCCCGCUCUACUCGGAACUAUCCUGGAGAAGGAAUCGAACCUAACCUUUUACACCCUUCAGAUUUAUCCUUCUCCACCCCCCACCCUGAACCCAUCCGUUCACACCCUUCAGAUGCAUCCUUCUCCACCCCCCACUCUGCCCCCUGCCACCAACCAAACCAAACAUUUCCCUUGAAAUAUCCAGGUAGUGAGUUGACCAGCACAGAUAGACGACAGCAGAGUCCACAUCAGUUAAACUCCAGUGUUCCAUUCGAUGGAGUCCGUAGGUUGGAGGGAGGAGUACUUCGUAGAAAUACUGGAGUAGAUCAGAGCAGAUAUACUGGAGUAGAUCAGAGCAGAUAUACUGGAGUAGAUCAGAGUAGUGUAUACAACCCUCCAAAAGAUCUUCAAGCCAGUGUAAUGGAAGAGCACAAAAAACCCAAGCAUAUUCGCUUUCGGUUAGAUAGGGAGCAAGUAAGUGGUCCAAGAGUGAACCAUGCAGUUUUUUUAGAUUCUCACAAACUGAUAUUGCCUUGUUUUACACCCUGCUAUCAAUAUGUUAAAUAUUUUUAAACACCAGUUUUGAUUUGAUAUUUCGAUUAAUUUGAUCGAAAUUAUGAAGCAAGUUGUUAGUUUAAUUUGUAUUAUAUUAUGAUAUUGUUUUACACGACUACCA